CAAUUUGGGCAAUUUAGAGGCUCUGCCAGCGAGCAAUCCAUACCUCUGAGACAGAGAAAGGAAGAGGGGGGAAGGCACAAGGGGAGAUUUGACUCUUGUGGGUGGUGGCCCUGGUGGGUUGUGGAAGCGAGAUGGAGGCACCUCCGGAGAACGAUUGCUGUUCGAUAUGCCAUGCAAAUUUCAACGUUCCGUGCCAAGCCAAUUGUUCUCACUGGUUUUGCGGUAAUUGCAUUCUACAAGCUUGGAGUUAUGGAUCAACCUUCCAGCCAUGUAAAUGUCCUUUAUGCCGUCGUGAAAUAACUUUACUGAUUCCCAGUGAUGCUUCAUCACGGCAGCGUCAGGAUUCUCAAGUUGCUGAGACUCUUGGAAAUAUCGAAAGAUACAACCGGUAUUUUGGUGAACGUGCAAAUGGUCUUAUUCAGAGAUUGCAAGACCUUCCUUUUCUCCUCAGGAGAUUGUUACGAGAGAUAAUGGAUCCUCAAAGAUCUCUUCCACUUUUUAUCAGGGCACGUGUCUAUUUGGCAAUGUUAGUAAGCGCCAUCUAUAUUCUCAGCCCUGUGGACAUUAUUCCUGAAGGGAUUUUGGGAAUAAUUGGUUUAUUUGAUGAUGCCCUUAUAGCUCUCAUCUGCUUCCUUCAUGUUGCUGCCCUAUAUCGGUCUGUACUACUUUUUCGGCAUGGAGGCUCUUGAAUUGCCCGGGUUGGAACUGCAAUUGCCCAGCAAAAUAAUGAAGCGAAAGGACUGAGCGGAAAGAAUAGAUGAAAAAGUGUACAUAGGUCUUCCAUUUAUAAGAUUUGUCGCAGUUUCCAUCUCAUGAGAAUGCAGUCCCCGACAUUGAUUAGAGAUGAUCGUUAGUUGAUUACAAAUGGGCUAGUGACAAUUUUGUGUUUGAUUGAUAUUGUGACUCUUACACAAUAUUUGCGGUUGCCAUUUGUAUUUGAUGCUAAUAGUUGCA